AUGUCCAAGUUUAAACCAACAGAAAUAGACAAAGAAAUAAUUAGAAAUGCCAAUAUUCGUGGCAAAAUUAAGAAUGUCAUUCAUUUUUCCUACGAUAAAAAACCUUACGCGAUAGUUAUUAAUAAAAUAUCUCGCUUAUAUGCAAUUAGGUUAAUCAAUUAUAAAGACGAAGGUGAAUAUGGAGUAGAAAUAUUAGCGGUUAAAAGAUUUCCAAACUUGGUGGAGUUUUAUCGAACAAAGGAAGAUGUUGAGAAUAAAGCCAAAGAAAUUCAAGAUAAUAAUAACCGAGAAAUAUACGAAUGCAAAUACAAAUUUGAAACGUACGAGGAUGAUAUGGAAAAUAACAUAUUAAUAAUUGGAAGGACAGGCAGUGGCAAAUCUUCUUUGGCUAAUGUAAUCAGCAAUGCUAAUGAAUUCGGAGAAAGCAGUGGCUCGAUUAGCAAAACUAAAAAUUUCCAAAUCAAAGAUUUUGAAUGGAAAAAAAGUGAAUAUCGAGUGAUUGAUACUAUCGGACUUGGUGAUACUAAUUUAUCACCCAAGAAAGUCAUAAUCAAAUUGGCAGAGGCUAUUUACUCAAUGAAAAGAGGGAUAAAACAAGUAUUUGUGGUAGUGGGAGGAAAAUUUACCGAAGAAGAAAUAGAACUUUUUGAAUUGGCCGAGAAGAUUUUUGAAAAAAAAAUUAUUAAAUACACGACUAUUGUGAGAAGCAAAUUUGACUGUUUCGAGGAACCUGAAAAAUGUAAAGAAGAUAUAGACGAUUUAAAAAAAGAGAAUAAAAAAAUCGCUGAUUUGAUUAGUCGCUGUAAUGGAAUCAUAUAUGUGAACAAUCCCCCGUUAAGCGGCAGUAAAAAAAGACGAGAAAUUGAUCAAGCAGACAGAAAAAAAUCAAGAGAAGUAUUAUUGAAUCAUUUGAACACUCAUUGUCAAAAAAUUUACAAAAUGGAUCAUUGGGAUGAGAUUUGCGUAGGAAUUAAUGAUUACAUGAAUGCAAAAAAAUAUAAAGAAGAAAAAGAAUCUUCACAAAACUUAUUGGCCGAUGUAUUAAUUAAAAAAGAAAUAAAGGAACUAAAACAAGACAUCCUUGAAGAAAUAAAAUCUCAGUCAAAUAAUGUGGAAGGUGGGGAGGUGCACUGCGUAGCUAGUGUGCAAUCAUACAUGUUUAACGCAGAUGCAAUGCUCAAAAUCAAAAAAUUUUGCACGAUUAGUUAA